UGGUGACCCUCUCGCUACGUCACUAUCGGAUAAACGGGCCAAUUGAACGCUCCCACAUUUCUAAGCGUGCACACGCGUAUUCGAGUUGCAUCCGGUAGCGGUCCACUCUGACACUCUGAUAGACAAACACCGCGGGAUCGCAGCAGUGUAGCGAUAUCUUUGUUCGCGUCUGGAGCAUCAUGAGGCUUUUAUUGUUACUGGGCCUGGUGGCCGUCGUUUCCUGUGCAAAUAACGUCGCCAAUGGGCCGAAAGUCACUGACAAGGUAUGGUUCGAUAUCAAGAUCGGCGGUGUCGAUGCAGGUAGAAUAGAGAUCGGCUUGUUCGGCAAAACUGUUCCGAAGACGGUUAAAAAUUUCGUAGAGUUGGCCAAGAUGCCUGAGGGCGAAGGAUAUAAAGGCAGCAAAUUCCACAGAGUGAUCAAAGACUUCAUGAUCCAAGGAGGAGACUUCACAAAGGGUGAUGGCACUGGAGGUCGCAGCAUUUAUGGAGAUCGCUUUGCAGAUGAGAAUUUCAAGUUGAAACAUUAUGGUGCUGGAUGGCUGUCCAUGGCUAAUGCUGGCAAAGAUACCAAUGGAUCUCAAUUCUUCAUCACAGUUAAACAAACGCCAUGGCUUGAUGGCAGACACGUCGUUUUUGGCAAAAUCAUCAAAGGAAUGGACAUUGUGCGUAAAAUUGAGCAAACGAGCACCGAUUCGCGAGAUAAACCACAGAAGGACGUAGUCAUCGCUGAUAGUGGCACGGAGACCAUAACGGAGCCAUUUAGUGUAUCCAAAGAUGAUGCCAUCGAUUAAAUCUCAACAUUCGCCAACGGCCUCAUUCUUUAUGAUCUCCUUAUUUUAUGCAAAACGAUCUCUAAGAAAUCACAUUUUCUUAUCUUCGUGAAUUUCUUUGGAUAGACUCCGCGCAACAGUGACAACAAUGUCCAUACUAUGAUGGCUGUUUAACAGCAUUCUAAGUAAUUGGAAGAAUGAUGUGGCAGCAAUAUCAACGAAAUGACGUUUUGUAUAGGUCAUAAAGCGUUGAAGCAACAAUCAAUGAAUAAUAGAACGAUUGUUUCUAUUCUAAUUGUUAAAAACCAUAAUUCGUAUUGUGCACAACAAAUUUUGUACGUCUGUAGACAGAUUUUCUACAUUCACAAAUAAACAUAAGUUGUUUAAAGU